CAGGUGCGUUGAUGGAGCUGAACAUUAUAACCAAGGAUUCAUCGAAAGGAUUUGAUGGUCAAAGCAUUCAAAUUUAAAGAUUUAUGUUUAAAAAUGUUUCAGUUGACCGAGCCAACAGUAUAAUCAAAAGGAUUUAAUGGUUAAAGCAUUCAUAUUUAAAGAUUUAUAUUUAGAAGAUGUUUCAGUCUUUGUAGUACGUUUCGCUCUCUACUAGAAAUCGAACGAUUACAGGUUACAUAAAGGAGCAGAUUUGAUUUGAAAAAAAAACAAACUAAGCAACAAUUUAAUUAGGCGUAAUUUUGUUUUGAAAUACUUAAGUCCACUGACGCUGACUAAACAUCAUGAACGAAAGUGUGGAUAUAUUCACCACUAUAUUUACAAUCUUGGAGGAUGCAUAUGAAAUAAAUAUCACAAAUGAAACGGAUAUGGGUUCGUAUUUACCCAAUUCAUCAGAAAUCCCAACUCUACUGAACAUCACCCGAGACGUUCCGUUCAAGUACGCAAUGCCUUUGUUUGGCUACAUUAUGCCAUUCUUACUAUUAGUGACUAUAGUGGCCAACACUUUAAUUGUAGUGGUCCUGGCGCAACGACAUAUGCGCACUCCAACUAACCUAGUCCUUCUGGCCAUGGCCAUUUCUGACCUGUUAACUCUGUUGUUUCCGGCACCUUGGUAUUUCUAUAUGUACACCCUGGGUAACUACAACAAGGUACUGUUUCCCAUCCCUGCCUGCUAUUCCUACCACUACAUGUAUGAAGUGGUCCCUGCAUUUUUCCACACCGCUUCCAUCUGGCUCACUCUGGUCCUUGCUGUUCAACGCUACAUCUACGUGUGUCACCCGACAGUUGCCACUACCUGGUGCACUGUCCCACGUGUUGUAAAGGCUAUGGUGUCGGUGUACCUCUUAGCGUUCUUCCACCAGUCCACCAGGAUCUUCGACCGUGUAUUUCACCCGAUAACCUUCAGGUGGAACAGUGGAGUUCACACAGGUUGCAUGUUUCAGACAGCAAGUUGGGUGAGAAACGUCAUCAAUGAAAACGUCUACUUUACCUACUACUACGUCUUUCGCAUACUAUUUGUUCACAUAGGCCCUUGCACGGCUUUAGUCGUGUUGAAUGUGCUGCUUUUUCAAGCUCUCAAAGAAGCCCAGCGGAAGCGAGACAAACUUUUCAAGGAAAACCGCAAGAGCGAGUGCAAGAAGCUGAGAGACAGUAACUGUACCACUCUUAUGUUGAUCGUUGUGGUGACAGUAUUCCUUGCUGUGGAGAUCCCUCUGGCGGUGACAACUCUGCUCCACGUCAUGCAGAAUGCUCUCGAACUCCAGAUCGCCGACUAUAAUGAUUUGAACGCCACCAUUCUGUUUACCAACUUCUUUAUUAUGCUCAGUUACCCUUUCAACUUCGCCAUCUACUGCGGUAUGAGUCGACAGUUCAGAGAGACAUUCAAAGAUUUGUUCAUGAUGGGUAAUCUCGUCAGCAGGCGAGAAGGCUCUUCCAGAUAUAGCCUCGUUAAUGGACCACGUACUUCGGCACAUGAGACUGUUCUGUAGAGGGAAUUUCAGAUUUGCUAUGAUAAAGAAGGGGAAGGAAAAAUAAUUUGUUUAAAGUUGAAUGAUGACACAAAACAGUUGCUGGAUUUGUACGGAUUCUCUCCUGAACAAAGGAUAAAUAACAACAGACUCCCAGAAUGAGAGCUUACAAGCAUCUGCCAACUUGGACUGUCAAAUUCAUGUUGGGAAACAUAUUUUAAGGCAUUGCUUCGUGAACCUAGAUUAUCUAUAUUCCAGAAUAUUCCCUGUUCCCAUGGCGCUAUGUGAUAUGCUUACACUAAUAUUUCGGGGCUCAUUAGUGUAAGCUUUCAUAACCGCGAGGGAAUAGCUUCCCUAAAUCUUUAGGUAGUUGCUUUUGGUGCCAUUAAUCUUUACGCUUUUAGUGGACUGUUGCUUCAUUGUUGUUUAAAGAAGAACCAAAGUAAAGUACAUGUUUUUUUGUUAAAUGUCACAUUCGUUAUUCCAAAUACCAAUGUAUAAGACUUGUUCAAUAAAAUGUGAU